AUGGAUCCCAAAGACCUAUUGAAGCCGCCCAAUGGAUCUCAGGCUGUGAAGACUGCACAUUACAGUGACAAGAAAGGGAAUGUGAUUGAUUUAUUUACAAGCUAUAGAGGUGGAGCCUGUGUGAACAUUUCUACAUCUUGUCCAACCCCACCUGCUUCACUGCCAGACACACGGCAGCAACUACAGCAGCAGCAGGAACUGGCUAUAACAGCAGAUCCAGCUAAUGGUUUGAGUAAUGUGCCUCAGCCAGACCUGUCCAAGGCAGUCUCCCUUUCAAUGGGACUUUAUAUGGGGGAGCCAGAUACAAAAGUAAUGGGAAACGAACUGGGUUACCCUCAGCAAGCUCAACUUGGAGUCCCAGCUGGAGAAACUGACUUCAGGCUACUCGAAGAGAGCAUUGCCAGUCUUCAGGCAAAGUCAUCUGUCCCAGAGAAGGUGCAGGAGGGUCUUGAAGACAAAGGAGUUAUCAAAUGUGACUUGUCAACUCAGCCAAUCCCUUCUGCACAGGGUCAAGGGAGCAGCACUAACAAGUUGUUUUCUAAAGACCAAAGCACCUUUGACCUUUUACAGGAUCUGGAUCUGCCCCCAGAGUCACCCAGGGAUAUAAAGGGUAGUCCAUGGGCACUGGACCCUUUAUUUGACGAUGAGGCUGUUGACUUGCUAUCUCCUCUGACCACUGAUGACCCUUUUCUUUUGAGGUCAAGUUCAGUCAAUGAAGACUGUAAACCUCUCAUUCUUCAAGAGGAAACACCUAAAGUAGGUGAUCAUGUAGGGGACUUAGUACUGCCAAGUACUGAAAUACUGAUGUCUCAAGUGAAGACUGAAAAGGAUGACUUUAUAGAGCUGUGUACUCCUGGAGUAGUAAAGCAGGAAAAGUUUAGUCCCGUUUAUUGUGGUGGCCAUUUUUCUGGAUCUAGCCUCUUUGGUAACAAAACAUCAGCCAUCUCUGUGCAUGGUGUCAGCACUUCAGGGGGACAGAUGUACCACUAUGACUUGAACACUUCCCCACUUUCUCAGCAGAUGGAUCAGAAGCCAGUUUUUACCUUGGGCCCACCUCUACCUUCUAUUGCUGAAGCUUGGAAUAGGUGCCAUGGGUCUGGGAAUGAAAGCAUUGCUUCACCAGGGAAUGUAACCUAUCAAAGCAGGCCUGUGUUUUCCAAUGGCUAUUCAAGGUAA